ACGGUGCCUCGUUAAACCGGGAGCUGCUGUCAGGAGGGAUGAUUCGCCUUCUGACCGGACACCAGACCACAUAAAACAACCUCAUAAAGAACAAAUUGGAAGGGUGGACGAACGUCUUCUUUCUUUCUUUCUCUCUCUUUCUCCCUCCUUUUUCUUUUCUUUUUUUUUUUUUCUCUCUUUUUUUUUUCAAACCUGCGGGUAGUUCUCCCAUGGAAGACAGAGUGGAAGGAGUCCAACUCAGAGACAGGAUUUCGUCCCCGGCGUGUGCGUCAGGCAGAGUGCGCGCCCCGGACUCCCACUCAGAGAUGUAGAGCUGGAUUUUGGCAUGUGGACGAGCAGGUGAGAGGACUUGUUCGUGAUGGUGCUCUGUAUGGACAAGAAGCUGUGCCAUGACAGAGGGCAACGUGGGUAAAAGAGACAUGCGACACCCAGCCCCGCAUCACUGCCACCUCUUCCUGGGCGGGGCCCUGUUGCUUCUCCUGGCAAGCUCGGCUCUGAGCUGCCCCGCCCGAUGCGAGUGUUCCGCCCAGACCAAGUCAGUGAGCUGCCACCGCAAGCGCCUACCCAGCAUCCCCGAAGGCAUUCCUAUAGAGACGCGUGCCCUGGACCUGAGCAAGAACAAACUGCGAAUCAUCACGCCGGACAACUUCUCUUCAUUCCAGCAGCUCGAGGACCUGGAUCUCAGUGACAACCUCAUCAGCGUCGUGGAGCCCGGAUCAUUUCGUUCCCAGCUCGCCCUGCGCUCCCUCAACUUCCGUAGCAACCUGCUCCAGCUGGUUCCUGCUGGUGUCCUGUCAGGCCUCACCAAUCUAACCCGCCUGGAUCUCAGCCACAACCGCUUGGUUGUUCUUCUGGAUCAUGCCUUCCAAGACCUGCGCCGGCUGGCAUCGCUGGAGGUGGGAGAUAAUGAACUGGUUUUUAUCUCUCAGCGGGCCUUUACAGGAUUACUUGGACUUCAAAGUCUGACCCUGGAACGUUCCAAUCUGACGGUGGUCCCGACUGAUGCCCUGGCACAUCUGCAUAGUUUGGUAGAACUGCGCAUGCGCUACUUGAGCAUAAGCUUUCUGAAGCCUUUCUCCUUUAAGAGGUUAUCGCGUCUACGCCAUGUCGAGAUAGAUUUCUGGCCCUGGUUGGACACUCUGCCUCCCCUCUCACUGCACGGCCUCAACCUUACAACAUUGUUCAUAACCAACACCAACCUAUCUGCCUUUCCCGGCUUGGCACUGCGCAACUUGCCCUACCUCACCCACCUCAACCUGUCCUACUGCCGCAUUCAGCACAUCCACCAGGGUGAGCUGGGUCAACUUCCACACCUACUGGAGCUCCGCCUCCAAGGAGCUCAGCUACUUUCUAUAGAACCUUUUGCUUUUCUUGGCCUCAAAUCUUUGCAAUUACUCGAUGUGUCACAGAACCGCCUGGACUCCCUGGAGAGGGGAGUGUUUGCCUCCCCAGACAGUCUGCAGAGGCUUUGUCUGGGCGGAAACCCAUUAGUGUGUGACUGCAGAUUGCUGUGGCUGCUCAAUAGCCACAAGCCCCCUGCACUACAAAUUCUAGACAUACAACCUGAGUGCAGCGCACCCGAGAACCUCCUGGGGAAAACUCUCCGUGACCUUAGAGAACCUCUGGUCUCCAGGUAUAUGACCUGCACCAAGCCACGGAUCGGACCCAACACGACACAGCUGCUGAUGGCUGAUGAGGGUCAGCCUGCCCGCCUCAGCUGCAUGGCAGAGGGAGCGCCCCGGCCCUCUGUGGUCUGGAUUACACCUCACAGACGCUACAUCACAGCCAAGAGCAGUGGAAGGGUAGAGGUUCAGCCAGAUGGUACCCUGGAGAUCAAGGCAGCAGAGCUGCAUGACAGCGGGGUGUAUUUGUGCAUUGCCAGUAACCCUGCUGGCAAUGCAAGCCUGUCAGCCUCUUUAGCUGUGAAGAGCCUGGGCAUCGGGGACAGAUCUCACUAUAGCAACAGGAGCUCAAACUACCUGACAGACUCCAACAGCACAUGGGGAAAUGGGACAGUACUGUACAACAUGACAGUCCCCAUUGACAUGAAGACCAUCAUUAUAUCCACAGCCAUGGGCUGCCUGUCUUUCCUAGGUGUGGUUGUGUUCUGUUUCCUGCUUCUGUUUGCCUGGAGCCGAGGCAAAGGACGCCAUAAGAGCAACUUUGAUAUCGAGUAUGUCCCCCGCAAAUCCAACGGGGCAUCAGCGGAGGUAGCAGAAUCAAGCGGCCCACGGCGGGUCAACAUGAAAAUGAUUUGAAUAUCAUGCAGACCGAGGAAGGCGACAUCAACGCCAACGACACAGUGCACACAUAUCAAGUGAAAAAACAAAAAAAUGUCUUUUUUUCUAUGACACAGUGGAUUUGUGACAAACGAAAAGUGAUGUACUAUUAUAGUGGGUGUCAAUAUGACGGUGAUCUAGUGAUAAAGUGGACAUGUGAAUAUAAAAGUGAUAUAUGAAACCGUGUUUAUAUGACAUAAUGUUCUCAUACAGUACACUUAAUAUAAUACUAUAACCAACAUAUCAAUAUGGGAGUGAUAUAGUGUUGCACUAGGCAUGUGAGUCGUGGUGAUGUGAUGAGUAAUGGUGUUGUCGACUCACCGUGACAUCAAGGUGACGGAGGGAGCCACUGGGAGAGACGAGGGACGUCUGUGUGGCAGUGGGGGCUAUCAUCACUGCAACAUGUCAGGACUAAAUUGUCUAACACUCAUCCUAGCUGCAGUGUGAAAGGUGUGUGUGUGUGUGUGUGUGAGAGAGAGAGAGAGAGCGUGCGCGUCGGUGUGUGCAUGUUGCAUUUGUGCGUUUCUUUGUGCAUGUGCACGCAUUGCCUUUCCUGUUGGACGGAACAAUUAAAAGGGAACGGUGGGGUCCAAAGCAUUUUUUUCCCAGGCCUUUGUACUUGUUUGAUCAUUUGCAACAAGAGUAAAGUUGCUGUUGAGUGAGAAAUUAAACAGAGGAUUGUCUAUGUUUGUAUGCAAAAAUCACAGUUAUUAUAUAAAAAAAAAAAAAAAAAAAGAAAAAGAAAUAAAUGCUGCAGAAAUUUUAAAAUAGGUCAGUGUCCACCCUUGGAAUGACUGCAUUGUUAGAUGGGGUUUUUUUCUGAACUGGAUAUAAUGUAGUCAGAGUGUGAAGCCGGAGCUUUGUCCUUGCCACAGAGCUCACUUCCCAGCAAAAAAAAAAAACAAGUGGCUUUUUCCUGAGAAACAGCAGUGGUCAGUGGCGUUAUUGUUGUGGAAAAGCUUCCAGCGAUAGAUACGGCAUGUUAAACCCAUUUUAUAACAUAAUAAAUCACGGGCAGAUUUUCCUGCCAGACAAAUCCCUUGAUAUGAUAUAAAAGAGUCGGUGGCCAGACACAAUGGCAAAGAUUUACUGGCCAGUGCCCUCUUUGGGACAAGACAAAGUUGAGCUUCAGAGAUUUAUGAGUUGAAUUCUACCCCUCUUUCCUAUCGCAUUUUUCUUUGAUUGCACCACUUUGAGCUAUUCUGUCCGAUUCUUCCCCGGGGGAACUGAGAGGUUCUGGGUAUUUAAUAGAUGGCAGUCUGAAAGUUGUAGUGGAAUCUUGUAUUGUUUUGGGGAUUUUGGGGGAGGCGGGUGUAAUUUUUGCAUAUUUUUCAUCUCUUGGGUUAAAAAAAGAAGUUUUCAAUGUUUAGGGGGAAAAAAAACUAUAAAACGAUUAAGGGCAAUUCUUUGUAAUGCAGGGAUGUGGGUGUUAACUUGUGUGAUUCUGUUGUGAUAAAAUGUUCAAGGUUGUAUAAUUGUUUUCAUAUGACAAAUUUAUGGGUAUAUUUUCAAAAGGAAAUAAAUCUUAAUCAUACCCC